CGGUGGCUCACCAACACACCACUUUUGUAAAGAAAUGGUUGGAAUUGAGGAUAUUGGAGCGGGGGGACAUGGAAUUGAAAACCAAUUAUGGAUUUACUACCCUUCACACUGCUGCCCAAGUAGGAAACGUCAGCAUUGCUAAGCAGCUUGUGAUAAAAAACAAUGAGUUGCCAUCGAUCAUUGAUCACGAGGGAGACACACCACUCAUUGUUGCAGCUUAUAUAGGACAAACAAACAUGGUCUCGUAUCUAUUCUCUGUGACUCCUCAUGAACAGUUUACGAAAGCAAAACGCAUUGAGCUCCUUGGUCAUACUAUCCGCAAUGAUAUGUAUGAUAUAUCUUUGAAAAUUCUGAAAUUGUAUCCAAACAUAGCAAAUGCCGACACUGAAUGCUGGCGGGAAGGGUUGGAAACGUUGGCCAAGAAACCAUUCUCAAUUGGCAGCGAAAGAGACCUAUCAUUCUGGAAAAGUCUCUUAAAGUACUCCUGUUUCAAAGGGAUCUAUAACAAAGCUUUCAUGAAGGCAUCAGCCCAUCAAUUGGUUAAAAUACUUUUGAGAAAGGAUGGAAUUCCAGACAACCUGAUCUUAUCAAAAUUGAUUCUCAAUGAUAUGGCUUUAAUUUUUGAAGCUGCAGAAGCUGGAAAUGUUGAAUUUCUAAUUAUAAUUUCAGACUCUUAUCCUGACCUUAUUUGGAAACUAAAGGAAAAUAACAUGAGUAUAUUUCACACUGCUGUUUUACAUCGGCAAGAGAGUGUGUUCAAUCUAAUAUAUGAGAUAGGUGAUCCCAUGAAUAGCAUUGCAUCCUAUGUUACCAAAGAUGACAGAGAGAACAUGUUGCAUUUAGCUGGAAAAUUGGCUCCUUUAGAUCGACUAAAUAUCGUAUCAGGAGCGGCCCUUCAAAUGCAACGGGAGUUGUUGUGGUUUAAGGAGAUAGAAAAUAUUGUCCCGCGAUCAUUUGCGAAGAGAAAGAAUUCGAGAGGAAAAACACCUAAGGAGAUAUUUGGAGAGGAACAUAAAGAUUUGCAGAAAGAUGGUGAAAUGUGGAUGAAGAACACAGCAAACAAUUGCAUGGUCGUCGCAACAUUGAUUGCCACUGUGAUGUUUGCUGCAGCAUUCACAGUACCAGGUGGCAGCGAUCAAACUAAAGGGACUCCUAUUCUUUUGAGAAGUACCUCAUUUAUGAAUUCUUAA